UACUGAAUGAAUGAAUAAAUUUUACUUUUAGGCAUGUUGACGGACAUCAUAAGCUUAUACGAUGGCGCUUCGUAAUUCACGGUGGAAUGGACGGUUAUAGCAGAAUGAUAACAUCCCUUAAAUGUAGCACUAACAACCGAGCAGACACUGUGUUUAAAUUGUUCGAGGAAGCUAUUCGAAAACAUGGAUUACCAUCACGCAUACGUGCUGAUUUUGGCACAGAGAAUGUUGAAAUUGCACGUUUCAUGUUAAGCUGUCCAGAGAGGGGACUAAAUCGUGGAAGUAUGAUAUGUGGAUUGUCUGUUCACAAUCAAAGGAUUGAGCGACUAUGGGGUGAGGUUAAAAGCAAUGUCGUUCGCCACUUUCAAAAUAUUUUUUACUUUCUGGAAAGACAAGGAUUUCUUGAUCCUUUGAAAGAAGUACAUCUUUUUUCGUUACACUACGUAUAUACAGACCGUAUAAACGAAGCUUUGAAUGAGUUGGUCAGGGAUUGGGCUUUCCACCCAAUGUCAAGUGCACACAAUAAAUCGCCUCGUCAAUUAUGGCACGAAGGUAUGACAAGAGUGAUCGAAAAUGAUCCAUUGUCUCUAGAAGCCGCCCAAGUGCAAAGUUGGCAUGACUAUGGCAUAGACGAGACUGCCCCUCUGCCAGAGAUAAAUUCCGACAACGAUGUGGAAAUUCCAGAGACACUGUCUCUUUUAUGUCAUCAUCAUUCAGUGAUUUUAGGAACUCUGGUCAAUUCAUUACACGAUGACGCAAAUGAAGGUAUCGACAACUAUCUACAAACUGUCCAAUAUGCACAAGGACAUGCCAAUGAUAGUUGCUGCAUAGGCAUAGGCGAGGGCAACUGA